GAAUACAUAAAUAAAGAAUCCAGUUGAAGCCAAGUCAAUAUGUUCACCAAGUACACUGACACGGCACACUAUCAUCAAACUUGCAAAUCCAAUACAGACACUGAUAAAAGAAGAUGUAGCCAUUGUUUGUCCUCUCUCCCUAAUCAAUACAGUACCAUUAUUUUUAAAAUUCAGUCACCAACAGCAGAGUUCCUCGCUGAUAAUCUAAAGUCUAAACCCUAAUAUCAUCUCCAUAUCUGUACGCCUCCCGUAUCAAAAUUAAAAAAAAAAAAGUUGAAUUAUUCUGCAAUUGGCAUAAAUUUUUGCGGGGAUGGCUGAAUCGAUGAACAGAGGUGGGAGGUUUAUGAUUGGGGAUUAUGUGAUUGUGAAGCAAAUCGGGACAGGGUCAUUUUCAACGGUGUGGCACGGGUGCCACCGUGUCGAUGGUACAGACGUUGCAAUCAAGGAGAUUGCUACUGCUCGGCUCGACCCGAAACUCCGGGAGAGCCUCAAGUCGGAAAUUAUCAUUUUGCAGAAGAUUAAUCAUCCUAAUAUUAUUCGCUUGCAUGACAUGAUUGAGGAGCCGGGAAAAAUAUAUUUUGUUUUGGAGUACUGCAGAGGAGGUGAUCUUUCAAUGUACAUCCAACGACGCCAAGGGAGAAUCACAGAAGCAACUGCAAAACAUUUCAUGCAGCAGCUAGCAUCAGGCCUAAAAAUCCUUCGCGAAAACAAUCUAAUCCAUAGGGACCUAAAGCCCCAGAAUCUUCUGUUGUCUGCAGCUGAUGACAACUCCACCUUGAAGAUUGCUGAUUUUGGGUUUGCAAGGUCUUUGCAGCCUUGGGUACUUGCAGAAACUCUAUGUGGUUCACCAUUGUACAUGGCUCCUGAAAUAAUGCAGCUUCAGAAGUAUGAUGCGAAGGCAGAUCUCUGGAGUGUUGGUGCCAUUCUGUUUCAGCUUGUAACUGGCAAAACCCCGUUUAGUGGAAACAAUCAAAUACAGUUGCUCCAAAACAUAGUGAACUCCACUAAAUUGCAGUUUCCUCUAGAUGUCAAGAAUUUAAGUUCUCAUUGCAUAGAUUUGUGCCGAAAAUUAUUGCGUUGUAAACCAGUGGAGCGGUUGACAUUUGAAGAGUUCUUUAACCACCCAUUUCUUGCACAGAAGCAGCCUGCUGAGUUUUCUUGGAAUCAGAGACCUCAAAGGGUAAUAGAUGGUUUUUCUCUGGCAAAAUGCAAUCCUGUAAGGAGUACUGAGAAAACUUUUCAAGAAGAUGGUCUUCCCUUUAGUCUAGAUGAUUAUUCCAGCAGUCCUUUUACUGGAAUACCACAGAGAUCUUCCUGUGGACAUUCUCAGGUUGCAAGAGCUGAUAGGAAAGAAGUUUCUAGUGCUCCAAGCAGAAUUGAUCCUCCUCUGGAUUGUAGUAACAUCACGCACAAAUCAGAUACUAUUGGUUUUAGCCCUGGCCAACACGGACACUCAGAAGGGAACCUGAAGGAAUCUAGAUUAAUGGACCAUAGACUAUGUCCAAAAGUGGCGGAUUCAUUCGAGCUGAUUGAGAAGGAAUAUGUCCUUGUAUCUAGGUCCCUCAUGGACUCAUCUUCUUCAGCAGGUACAUCCAGGCUUAGCAAUAUGCAAUUCAGAUCAAGUUUUUCACUGCAAGCCUCUGGGAACAUAGAAACUAGAGUAAGUGAGCCGGUGCUUACUGUUGGUUCUGCAACUAAUAGAAUAGGUCCUGUAGGAAGGUUGGAAAGUUCCUCUUUUGCUCCAGGAGCUUCACAAGGAUCCACAGAUAUUGUAGACCCUCUGGAGCAGCCGACUGAUGGCAUAGCCAGAAUUGUGUCACUGCAACAUUCUGCUUCUGCUAUCACAGAGUUAGUAAAUGAGAAGAUUACUGCAGACAGGCAUCUGGAAGCAUUUUCCAUUGAGCUUGUCAUGCUUGCAAUAUGGAAACAAGCCUUGGAUGUAUGUCAUAUGCAAGUGGCAUCAGCAAUUGAAGGAAGUUCAAACCAAGAGACUACCAAAUUGACGGAGAUUUUGAGGGACAGUCGAGUUAGUCUCAACAGUAAAGAGGACACUGGUAGCAUUUUGGGGCUAGGGAAUGUGUUCUCUCAUAUUGAAAAAGCAUUUCUGAAUGAAGUUGGGAAGGCAGAGGAACUUGCCAAACAUAUUGAGCCUGGAAAUACAGAGGUGCCAGAUGCAAUGGAGAUGAUAUUUCAAUCUGCGCUUGAUCUCGGCAGAAAGGGGGCUGUUGAAGAGUACAUGGGUCGGACGGAAAAUGCAGUGGUUUUUUAUUCAAAAGCAGUCCGCUUGUUAUCAUUCCUUCAGGUGGAAGCACCAUUACUCCUUCUAAACCCUCCAUUCUCACUGACAAACUCCGAUCGCUAUAGGCUUGGAAGUUACAUUGAUGUUCUUAAUAAUAGGCAAAGUGUUUCGAGGUCUCAAAUCAUGACUCUCCUCAAGUGUGAGGAUCAGCACUCUUCCCCGUGAAGGCGAUAGACCGAGCUGAGAGAAAGCUGUUAAUAUAUAUAAUGACGAUUAACAUAUCACAACUUAUUCUGUAUAGCUUUUUAUCUGUACAGUUAUUUCUUCACUAAUUUAAGGAAAGUGAAAUGUUCUUUUA